AUGCAAGAUUUAUGUCCACUAUGUUUGAAAAACGGUGCAAAGAAGAAAAUAAAAUUAUUGCAAAUUAAUUUACAAGAAGCUGUGUGGGUAUGCGAAGAAGAUAAGUGCAUAUGGCCUUUUGGAUAUGAGAAUUUUGUAUUUUGUCCAAGAGUAGUAGGAAAAAAUUGGUCAUGUUAUUGGGAUGAUUUUAAACCAACAAUACCAAGAUUAAAAGAAAAUUCUGAAAUAUUAUUAGGUAGCACACCUACAGUAUCUAUCAAACAUACACAAAAAGAAAUUAUUAAUAAUUCAAAUGUACAUUGUUUAGAAGAUAUUAAUGAUAUAAGUAACAAUUCAAACAUAAUAGAUUCAAAACCUAGUUUUAGUGAUCUAUGUACUCCUGUUUCUGAAGGACCAAAUAUAAUAUCAAAUAUUAAAAGUAAAGAAGAUUGUAAUGAAAAUAAAAUUUUAAAUGAAAAAAUUACUACUAGUAGUAUAAAUAUACAUAAUAGUAGCUUGCAAUCAAUUGACAAUGAUAUAAAAGUUAAAAAUGAACGGGUAAAUUCAGUAAAUAAACAAAACAAAGAACAAAAUGAUAUUUCUACAGAAAGUAUUAAAAAUAUAAACAAUAUAAAAACAAUUCCUAAAAUAAUAAAUAUUGAGGAAACAAAUAUUGAUAUUUCUGCUAGUAAGAUAGAAAAUAAAACCUCUAUUCAAGAAGAACUAAAUGAAAAGGUUUUAGAUAUUAAUAAGUUUAUAGAUAUUACUGACUCUAAAGUAACAUCAGAAGUUAAAAAAUUAUCGGACUUAAAAUCAACUGUAAGUAUUGAAGGUGUACAAAAAUCUAAUUUAAAUAUAACUAUGAUGAAAAUAGAUGGUUUACCACCCAUAACAUUAUCUUUUGAAAUCCCUGUGUGUAAUACAACUCCUGAAACAGUUAGAGCUAAUAUCCAACAAAUUGAUUAUAAAAAGAAUAAUACAAGAUCAAAUGAUCCAGAAACAAAAAUUACACCUGUAAAACGAAAUGUAACCAGUGGCAAACAAUAUGAAAAAUUCAGUUUCAGUGUUAUUAAGAAGAAAAUGGAAUCAAAUAAUUCAAUCGAUAUUAGCAAUGCUAAUAAUAAUUCUUUAAAUUUAAAGACAAAUCCAAAAAUUCAAGAAGUAAAAGAUAAUUCAACAAAAACUAUUUCAAAUCAAUCCAGCGAUCGAACUCAUAGAAGAGGAGUUCUAAGUGCGAUCCGUAACAAUUGGUAUCAGAAGUGGGAUUGCUGAAUAAUUCCAACCAUGGUUAAAUUUGUUGAACUGAAAAUUCUACAGCUGAAGAAGGAGAUGGAAGCCAGAGGAUUGUGUGUAACUGGACAAAAAGCGGAUCUUCAAGCUCGUCUUCGAGAAACGUUUGAACGUUUGGUAAUGGAUGUAGCAGGUCCUUUUCCUACAAGUGACGCGGGAAGCAGGUAUGUACAAGUGGUUUUGGACUAUUUCAGUAAGUGGCCGGAAGUUUAUGCACUGACCAACCAGGAGGCAAAAACGGUUGCUGAAGUUUUCAUUCAGGACUGGGUGACUCGGUUUGGAGUAUCAAUUGAAAUACAUUCGGACCAAGGUAGAAAUUUUGAAUCUGCUGUAUUUAAGGAAAUGUGUUCAAUGUUGAGCAUUAAGAAGACUCGAACGACAGUGUUGCACCCACAAUCUGAUGGAAUAGUAGAAAGAUUCAACCGCACUCUUGAAGAACAUCUGCGGAAGGUCGUGCACAAAUAUCAUCGGGAUUGGGACAAACACAUCCAGAUGUUCUUGUUGGCGUAUCGUGCUGCGGUGCAUAUAACUACUGAUCAUGCACCCGUUAGAGUUACGUUUGAGAGGGGCCUGAGGCUCCUAGCGGAUCUUAAAUUUGGAAGGAAACAAGGUGAAGCAGUGGAUGAAAGUAACUACUGGGCAAUAUUCAAAGACGAGAUGGAAAACUUGCACCAUUUCCUAAGGCAAAAGACACGGCUCAUGGGUGACAAGAUGAAGGACCGUCACGAUCAGGGAGUAAACUCUGACGGAUUUAAAGAAGGUGAUUUGGUAUUGCUAUUUAACCCGCGGAGAAGGAAAGGUUUGUCUCCGAAACGUCAAACAUCCUGGGAAGGACUGUUAAGGGUGAUCAAACGUCUAAAUGACGUGGUUUAUCGCGUUCAAUCUUGUGCGAGAGGUCGUAGCAAAACGAGAGUCGUUAACUUGCAGAGACUGACCUCUUAUGGCUCGAAGAAUUCUGUGUGGGAUCGGGACAAUCAGACUUAAGCAGGGAGCAGGGAGCAGUGUUACGAGUUUCUCGUAUCCACCCUGUACACGGCCUAGUAACAAGAACGAACUGCAACUUCCGGAAUAGUAAUUCAGGACCUAUUAGGAUGUUCGGGCAAAGAACAAUCGCAGCUGUUCUCUAUAAAAAAGGGCAUCUUCUGCCGAAGUUCAGCUAGUUGAACUGUUAAAGUUUAAUAGAGUUAAUCUAAUUCUACGUCGUGAACAUUUGGAAACUUUCAGCAAU